AUGCAUUCCAAUCCACUUUCUUUUACAUUUUCACAUUCAACCAUUGUUUUUUUUACAAAUUCAAUAACAAUUUCGUACGCACAUGUCCGCAAUCACCAAGUAUCUCCUACAAUAUCAGACUACCAUUUUUUCAACACAUAUUUCUACAAGAAACUUAAAGAAGUUGUUUCCUGCAACGAUAGUAACAGAAACACACUAUUUGAAAAGUUCAGAAGGUGGUGGAAGAGUGUAAAUAUUUUUCAGAAGGCAUAUGUUGUGAUUCCAAUACACCAGGAUCUUUAUUGGAGCUUGAGCAUUAUUUGUUUCCCCAACAAAGAAGAUGAAUCGGGACCAAUAAUACUUCAUUUGGACUCUUUGGGGCUUCACUCUAGUCGAUCAUUUUUUGAAAACAUUAAAAUCUAUUUGAUAGAAGAAAGGAACUAUUUGAGUAAGGAAUGCAUGUCAUCAGAUGUUCCGAUUGCAAACAGAAUAUGGAAGUCUCUUUCUAGUACAAUUGAAACUAUAAUCAUGAAGGUUCCCCAACAAAAGAAUGAGUAUGACUGUGGUCUUUUUGUGUUGUACUUCAUUAGGCGUUUCAUGGAAAAGGCACCCGAUCGACUGAAAAAGAAAAAUUUAGCAAUGUUUAGCAAGAAAUGGUUGAAACCUGAAGAAGCGUCCAGUUUGAGAGCGAAAAUCCACAAGUUGCUUGUAGCAGAACUACACAGUUCAGUCAAGCCUGGUGGUAUCAAUGAGUCAUCCCCUUCAUCUGCUUGCGAUGUGUCAUACCCCAAUUUUUUCCUUUAUCAUAAAGUUUUAAUUGGUGGUCUCAUGACCAUUUGA